UGUCUUGUUAUUGCCAGUUGGUUCUCUACAUAGCUAUACGACAAAUUCAAGUAAAAUGGUGUCAACAUAUUAUUUUCCAUAAAAACAGUCUUCAACCAUUUGUAAAGUUUUGAAUGGAAAAAUCGUCAACUUUUGUUCAGCUGAAUAUUGUGAUAAGCUGUGACAAUUGUCGAAAAGUGGAGUAAAUACUUGAAAGUGAUGUGCUAAUUUUCGUUUGCAUUUUUUUGUAUUAUUUUUUGCACAUUGUUAAACUACGAAGACAAGGCAAAAGUUGUUUUGCGACUAUAUGUUUUGUAUGAAAUGGCUUGUUAACGAGUCUUUUUAAACGUAUAUCCUUUAUUCGUAUUGAUGAACAAAGAAAAGUGCAACAAAAGUGGCACGCAUUUGGAAAUUCACAUUUAAAAAGAAAUUUAUACCACCGGGAAAAAUUCUCUCAAAAUUGAAACGAAUGGCUCCAUUCAAGCUAAAGUUUCGAAUGGGCGGAUCCAGGAGUACAUCACAAGAGACAGAAGCCGAACCACCGACCCUGUUACUAAGCAAUUCGGUGGGCGCUUCUUUGGGUGCCAGCAAUACAACCAUCGAUUCAGAAUACAAUAGUUUGGGAUCGAUUGUUAGCAGCGAUCAAAGAACGCUUUUGCCCAAUCACAAUGGUGGGGGUGAUAGUGUAAAAGGCUAUACAAAUCCCACACUCUCCCAGACUUCUACUGAAACUAGUAAUACAAUACCACAAAGCCCGCCACCCUCUUACGAACAUGUUUUGGAAGAGGUAAACAUAGAAAAUAAAACAAAUCGAUUAGCCAAUCUCGACAAAGACAACAAUCCAGCUAGUUGCACAGCAAUAUUGAAUGGGGCCGUUGUUGGUGGUGGCGGUGUUUGCUUUGCGAACUUAACCGAUUGUAGUUCGCAAAUCAAUUUAAAUGAAAAUUCAUCAACCAGCACUAAAGCAGAAGGUGACAUAAUCGAAUCACCGGUCUAUUCAUUUUCUACAAUGACUACCCCAUCUCAUGAAAAUUUACUGCUUGGAAAUGUUGGUUCGUGUGAUCCAUUGUUUGGUGUCCGAUGUGAUGAACAAAUUGAUUUGGAUGAACGAGCAGAGACAAACGAGUGUGUUAAUGACGAGGAUGUGGAACAAUGCUCGUUGUCAUCGGAUAUGAAUAAUGAGUCGAUGGAGGAAUGGGAUUCACAUGACAAUCAAUAUCAAGAGCUACAUUCACCUGACACCAUCAUCAAUAAUAAGUCCACAAAGGCAAUCUACAAGGCCGUUGCUAAGCAAUGGGGAAUAACUUGCAAAAUGUCAGAACAAUGCAGAUGUAUGGAAUGCCAGAGCAAUUAUUUCGAUUGUGAGUUCGAUGAUAAUGAAAAUCAUAAAACCGAUGGAGGCCUAGGCGCUGGUACACCAAUGUUUAUUAGCGAGGUUAUGCAUGGCAGUGCGUGUGUAAUUUUAUAAACUUUAAAUUUUGAUCUGAUUCUAUUACAUUGUUAUAUAUGGUACUAAGAAAGCCAUUUUUCCUAAAACAAAUAAAAAUUAAAUUACAAAUUUUGCACAAAUUAUCAUUAUGUAAAUGUUCAGCACCUAAAUGAUAAAACUGAAUUAAAUGAAAAAAACAAAAACUUAGAUUACAAUUCAUAACGGGGUACUAAUUUAGAUGUUCAAUGUGUACAUAAAAGUAGUUAACAAUCACCCGAAACGGUGAAUGAAUGUCCCAAUUCAAAAAGUUUAUAAACUGGAAUAAAAUCGAAUGAAUGUUAUAUUUUUAUAUCACACCAGGAAGGAUGGAGAACUGAAAAAAUAAGAAAAAUGAAUUCAAAAUUUAUGCUAAGAGAGGUAA